GCAAGUUGGAAUUUUAUUAUGUAUAAGAAAGUCUUUUUUUUUUUUUUGUCGAUUUUCUCUCACUAUAACUAUUUUUUUGAGAAUUUUUCCUUCAAUGUUUCCUUCUGAGUUAAAAAAAACCAUGUUUAAAAUUCAGACAUGUUAAGCAUGAAAGUCAAGGAAGUGGAAACAGGGAAGGUCUAGUGCUAGAGUGCAAAGGGAAAUUAUUUGGUUGCUUGAAGAUGGAAGGUUAGACCACAAGUAUGCUAGAGUGUGGCACAUGUUUUGGAUGCCAGAGGCAGCUACUUGCAACACAGAAUGCCUGUGGAUUUUGGAUUUGGAAGGCCAUUAUGGGGAAGAAAUUAUGUUUGACUAAACAUGUAUGAUGGGUAUAUUGGACUGUUAAUUGCUGUCACAGUUGGUCUACUGGACUCAAGUGAAAAGAACAUGCCUCUCUCUUAUGUCUAUCAUGUUGGAAAUCUUUAGUCUGUCGAAAUAAGCAAUCACCCUCUCUACACUAUUGUUCUUCAAGUAACUAAGCCUUGAAUUUAUUUUUCUUUCUAACUUUGGAAAUUCUGAAUCUUGAUAAAUGUCAAUUUAUUUGCGCUCCAGUCAUUUUCCAGCCUGCCAUUUAUGUUUAAACUUUUUCUGAAUUUUACUCUGUCCUUCCGUUUGAUAUUAAUUUUGGUCCUGAUCUAUUGGUUUGAAGCAGAAAGAAGAAGAAUUGUGGUGGCUGAUAUAUUUGAGUGGCCUAUUCCAUCCCUAUUAUGGAGUUAUGGUGCACCUAUCCAUCUAGAAUCUGACCUUUGUGACAGUGAUCUCUUUUUCCUCCUCACAUGAUUCAGAUGAGUUUAAUUGCGUUGUCCUUCUCAAAACCAUCAAUACUUCAAUUCCAGGCGUCGAGCCAUGUAUGUGAUUUAUUCAUUUAAUGCUUUUUGUACUGUAGUUGGGAACCCAGACAAGAAUUGGUAAGGAAACCUAUGCUCAGCAUGGUAGCAGAUUUCCAGCUAGACAAACCAUUGUCUCUAAAUCCCAAUUUUGUGCACGUCUUCCCAGAAUUGUUCAGGACAUAUGCCAAGCUUGGUUGCACUUUGAGAGGGACUUUGGUGUGUUGAUGACUUUGACCAUGCAGUACAAAAGGUCUUGGACUCAUGAAUAUUGGACAACUGUUUUAUGUAACAGUUUACAGAGCUCUGUUUGGCUCAGAACUCUGAAGAUAAUUGGUUUUGUGUUACAUUGGUUCUAUAAAUAAGGGUAGGUGAAUUAGGCUGAAGGAGUUUUCAAGCAACUCGAUUAUAAAGUCAGCAAAAGUCGGUAAAGGCAUAAAAUAGUUUGAGCCGUAUGUAUCAAUGUGGUUUUGGGUUCUUGCAACUACUCCAUGGCGGCGAUUGACUUCAUCUGCUCCUGUGCACUAGGUGUCAAAACUCUCAGGAAGUUCCAUGGGACAAACUUGGUCAAUUCAGUUGCUUUUGCGCUGAGGGAUAACCAUAUGUAUCCUACUAAAAGUUUUGUUUGGUAAAGUGAUUCAUUGUUAAUUUUUAAGUAUUUGUCAUGAUCCUUUAUUUCUUUCUAUCAAACAAGAAAAAAAAAAUCAAUGAUUCGUGCUGAUUAGAAAAAAAAAAAUUGUCGUGAUUAUCUUGCAUAGAUGAAAGGGAUCCUAAGCAUUUCAUUGACUUGCUUGGUUCAAUUCUAUGGUAUUGUCAUUUAGUGGGUGAUCUGCCAAAAAAUGUAGAAAUGUAUUUGUGCCGGUUUGAUUAAAAGGUUGAGUUGAUG